UAUGGCAAAAAACAAAAGCAAAGCUGUUCAUGCUAUCAAAAUUAAACAUAAUGCUCCAUUUAGUUAAAAGAUUAAAAAGAAAGAGUAGAAAGGAUAAAAGUAAAGGAGAGUAGGAGGAUUUAAAUCAUUAGCUAAUUUUGAUGUGAGUAGAAUUAAGAAUAAAGAAAAAAGAAUUUAAAUCUUAGAAAGAAAAUAAAAUGAAUAAAAGAAAACUAAAAAAAUGGAAAAAAAAGAAAAAGAAGCUAAUCCUGAUAGAGAAAAAUUAGAUCCAUUAACAAUUGAUGAUAAAAGAGAAAUUGAUGAAAAUUUUGUUUUUGAUGAAGAUGAUUAAGAAGAAUUACAAAAUGAAGAAUUAAUUGAUGAAUUCUAAAAUUAUUUUUAAGAAGGUUAGGAUCCAAAAAUUAUUAUUACUACAAGUGAAAGACCUUCUAGAUAAUUAUUUGAUUUCUUAAAAGAUGUUAAAGAUGUUUUUGGACCAGAAACUCAUUAUUGGCCUCGUAAACAAUUUACAAUCAAAGAAAUAUAAGAAUAUUCCAUUAAUAAAGGAUAUACUGAAUUAUUAGUAUUUAGAGAACAUAGAAAAGAAGUUAAUUAAUUAAUAUAUAUUCAUUUACCUAAUGGACCAACUUACAAAUUUAAAUUAACUAAUUAUACACCUUGUGAUGAAAUACAUCAUCAUGGUAGAUUCACUGAUCAUAAUCCUGAAUUGAUACUUAAUCAUUUCAAUACAAAAGUAGGAAGAAGAGUAGGAAGAGGAUUAGCAGCUCUCUUCCCUUCAAAACCUCAAUUUAGAGGAAGAAGAGUUGUAACUUUCCAUAAUCAAAGAGAUUUCAUCUUUUUUAGACAUCAUAGAUACAUGUUUUAAGAAGAAGGAUAAAAAGUAGCCUUACAAGAAUUAGGCCCUAGAUUUACACUUUAAUUAAAAUAACUUAAAUUAGGUUUAUUUAAUGAUGAUGGAGAAAUAGAAUUUGAAGCUAGAGAUGAUUACUAUGUAAAAAGAACUGCUGCUUUUUUAUGA